AGGUGAGAAAUGAAAAGGGGAGAUUGAGGGAAGAGAGCGAGAGAGAAGAGAGAGAAGAAGGAUUUAGUGGUUCCCCGCUUGUUUCUCGGUGUGUGUCUGAAUUGCAAUUGGAAAAUCGCAACGAUGUUUGUGUUUGGUCCGAACACACGACAAAGUUAGUUAGUUACUUUGGUUAUUAUUAUUAUUUUUAUUAUAAUUAUUGAAUCUCUCUUUUCCUUCUCUUUUCUAUCGGUUUUGCCAUUGCAAGGCAGAUCCGAUCCCAUUCUCUCUUCAUUCAAUUCAAUUCAAUUCAAUUCAUUUUCUCCUGAAUUCCUUUCCCUCACAUCAGGAACAGGGCCUGACAUCACAAUCGUGAACGCAAUGCAAUGACUUUGACUGCAAUGUGGGCUUGAAGGCCCAUUCGGUUCCGCCUCUGUUGUGUUUUCUAAUUAUUAUCAUUGCAAUGAUAUGAUAUUGAUGAUUGUUUAUAUGUGUGAGUGAAUGCAAUUGCGUUGUAAUGAUAUAUGUGAUUGUUCACUGAUCGGUGUCAAUGUACUGAACACGUUUUCUGGUUUUGAAUGCCCCACGCUGGGGGUCGUGGAGUGCAAUGGAAUCUAAUACCCCUACAAACACUGUCCCCUUUGAAAUAUCAUCUUCAUCUGCAUCUGCAUCUGCAUCUGCAUCCCGAGUGCAGAGGAUCCGUCACAAAAGUGUUCAAUUUGAUGAUAAUAUACUCUUACAUGAUGAUAAUGCCAGGCAAAUCUACAUCAAUGAUCCCAUCAAGACUAAUCAUAAGUAUGAGUUCACGGGGAAUGAGAUUCGAACCAGCAAAUAUACUAUAUUCACAUUCUUGCCCAAGAAUCUCUUCAUUCAGUUUCACCGCCUUGCUUAUCUCUAUUUCCUUGCCAUUGCCGCCCUCAACCAGCUUCCUCCCUUGGCUGUCUUUGGCAGAACCGUUUCCCUUUUCCCCCUCUUGUUCGUUCUCUGUGUCACCGCCAUUAAGGAUGCCUAUGAGGAUUGGCGCAGACACAGGUCCGAUCGCAACGAGAACAAUCGCGAGUCUCUCGUGCUUCAAUCUGGUCAGUUCCAGCCCAAGAGGUGGAUGAAAUUACAAGCUGGUGAUGUUGUUAAAAUCUUUGCUGAUGAGAUGAUUCCUGCUGACAUGGUUUUGUUGGGGACGAGUGAUCCGAGCGGCCUUGCCUAUAUUCAGACAAUGAAUUUGGAUGGAGAAUCGAAUUUGAAGACAAGGUAUGCCAAGCAGGAAACAGCUUCAUCAGUGUCGUCGGAAGCUUGUGAUGUCUCUGGAGUUAUUAGAUGUGAGCAACCUAACCGGAAUGUUUAUGAGUUCACAGCCAAUGUGGAGUUCAAUGGGUAUAAGUUUCCCCUUAACCAGUCAAACAUUGUGCUUCGUGGUUGCGUGCUGAAGAACACCGAGUGGAUAAUCGGUGUUGUGGUUUAUGCAGGACAGGAAACAAAGGCAAUGUUGAACAGUGCAGCUUCCCCUUCCAAGAGAAGCAAACUGGAAAGUUACAUGAAUAGAGAAACCUUAUGGUUGUCCGUUUUUCUUUUUAUCAUGUGUUCGGUUGUGGCCCUUGGGAUGGGUCUCUGGCUGGUACGCCACAAGAAUCAGCUUGAUACCUUACCUUAUUACAGAAAAACGUACUUCAAUGGCCCAGAUAAUGGAAAGAAAUAUAAAUAUUAUGGGAUACCAAUGGAAACGUUCUUCUCCUUUUUGAGUUCUAUUAUAGUUUUUCAGAUAAUGAUACCAAUUUCUCUUUACAUCACGAUGGAGUUGGUUCGUUUGGGUCAGUCAUACUUCAUGAUUGAAGAUGGGGAUAUGUAUUGUGCCAACUCUGGAUCAAGGUUCCAGUGUAGAUCAUUAAAUAUAAAUGAAGAUUUGGGUCAAAUACGCUAUGUGUUUUCGGACAAGACAGGAACACUAACAGAAAACAAAAUGGAAUUCCGGAGAGCCAGUGUACAUGGAAAGAAUUAUGGGAGCUCCUUGCUUAUGGCUAAUGAUAGUACAGCAGGGGCAGCUGUUAAUUGUAAUCGAAGAUGGAAGCUCAAAUCUGAAAUUGCUGUUGAUUCUGAAUUAAUGGCAUUGUUGCAGAAAGGCUCAAAUGGAGACGAAAGAAUUGCUGCUCAUGAGUUUUUCCUUACACUGGCUGCUUGUAAUACUGUGAUCCCUAUUCUUAGUGGCAGUUGUGGAGCAAGUGAAUCAAAUGAAGAUGUAGAUUGUAUUGAUUACCAGGGAGAAUCUCCUGAUGAAAUAGCUCUAGUUUCUGCAGCCUCUGCAUAUGGGUAUACUCUUUUCGAGCGAACAUCUGGACAUAUUGUUAUUGACAUCCAUGGCGAGAAACUUAGGUUGGAUGUAUUGGGCCUGCAUGAGUUUGAUAGUGUGCGAAAGAGGAUGUCUGUUGUUAUUCGGUUUCCUGACAAUUUUGUAAAGGUGUUAGUAAAAGGCGCCGAUUCUUCAAUGUUUAGCAUUUUAGCAAAUGACAGUGCAAGCAAUGAUAGCGUACGGCAUGAAACUCACAGUCAUUUGAGUGAAUAUUCUUUGCAAGGUUUACGAACUCUUGUACUUGCCUCUAGGGAUCUUUCAGAUGCAGAACUUGAGGAUUGGCAAAGCAUGUAUGAACAUGCGAGCACUUCAUUGACUGACCGAGCUUCAAAAUUACGUCAAACAGCAGCUCUUUUAGAAUGCAACCUAAAGUUACUGGGAGCAACUGGAAUUGAGGACAAGCUUCAAGAGGGUGUACCGGAAACAAUUGAGUCCCUUCGGCAAGCUGGAAUCAAGGUCUGGGUUCUUACUGGUGAUAAGCAAGAGACUGCAAUUUCAAUUGGCCUUUCCUGCAAACUUCUGAGUGCAGAUAUGCAGCUGAUAAUUAUAAAUGGCACUUCAGAGGUUGAAUGCAGAAAUCUCUUGGCUGAAGCUAAAGCUAAAGCCAAAUAUGGUGUGAGAUCUUCAAGUAGAGGACAUCAGAAUCCAGGUGAUCCUGAUAUUCCCUAUGAUACGAAAUCAUUGAGCAUGCCCAAGUGGAAUCCAGGAAAGGAAGAAGGGACUACUGCUCCCUUGGCACUCAUAAUUGAUGGAACUAGUUUGGUUUAUAUUUUGGAGAAGGAACUGGAGUCAGAGCUUUUCGACCUUGCAAUUUCCUGUACGGUUGUGCUAUGCUGUCGUGUUGCACCCCUGCAGAAAGCAGGAAUUGUUGAUCUGAUAAAGAGCCGCACAGAUGAUAUGACAUUGGCUAUAGGUGAUGGGGCCAACGAUGUUUCAAUGAUCCAAAUGGCAGAUGUUGGUGUUGGAAUAUGUGGGCAGGAAGGACGCCAAGCAGUGAUGGCAUCAGAUUUUGCAAUGGGACAAUUUCAGUUCUUGAAAAAAUUACUUCUGGUUCAUGGACACUGGAAUUAUCAGCGUGUUGGUUAUUUAGUUCUGUACAACUUCUACCGCAACGCUGUCUUUGUGUUGAUGCUAUUCUGGUAUAUAUUAUGCACUGCUUUUUCUACAACUUCAGCAUUGACAGAUUGGAGUAGUGUAUUCUAUUCGGUGAUAUACACAUCUAUCCCCACUAUCAUUGUUGGUAUUCUGGACAAAGACUUGAGUCGUAGGACACUGUUGCAGUAUCCAAAACUCUAUUGUGCGGGUCACCGGCAAGAGGCUUACAAUAUGCAAUUAUUUUGGAUCACAAUGAUUGACACGCUAUGGCAGAGCCUUGUGCUCUUCUACAUUCCCCUAUUCACCUACAAGGACAGCUCAAUUGAUAUAUGGAGCAUGGGCAGUUUGUGGACAAUUUCAGUUGUUAUCCUCGUAAAUAUACACCUGGCUAUGGACAUUAACAAUGGGAUAUUAAUCAUUCAUGUUGCUGUGUGGGGAUCAAUAAUCAUUACAUAUGGUUGCAUGGUGGUAUUGGAUUCUAUACCUGUCUUUCCCAACUACUGGACUAUUUAUCAUUUGGCAAGGUCCCCUACAUAUUGGAUAACAAUUUUGCUUAUAACAAUUGUGGCAUUGCUCCCUCGCUUUACUUGCAAAGUUGUUUAUCAAAUUUUUUGGCCUUCGGAUAUCCAGAUAGCUAGAGAAGCUGAGGCAAUGAGAAAACAACAUGAUAAUUUGCAGUCAAGGCAACAAGUUUCCAGUUAACUUGUGUUAUUGUCUUCUAGAAACUAGAGAUCUCAUUUGGAAUGGCUUCUGUUGUAUUUGUCCAUUGCAUUGCAUUCUUGGGGCAGUUGGUUGUAUAAGUGGCCAGGUAAGGAUGAGUGGCAGAAGCAGAUUGCACCGAUGUGAAACAGAUGCUUGUAUCCUACAUAGUAACCAAGUAUGUCAUGGGGAAUCACAUGUUUAAGUUAUGAAGCCAAGCCUAGUAAAUGCCUCGGGUAGUGAAGGUAAAAAGGAGGAGGUUGGAAGAGGCUUAGAGAGGAAUCUCAGCAAUUAGUUAUGGACGAAAUUUGACAAGUGGGGCAUUGGCUACAUGAUUAUGAUCUAACUGGUCUUAAAGAGUUGCUUGUUUGAGAGAAUGGUUACAGAGCAACCAAAUGUACAAUAGUUCUGUAAAAAUCAGGCUUGUAUUAUCCCCUCUUUUUUCAAAAAGAAAAAGAAAAAGAUAAUUGUCUUAAGGAAGGAUAAAAUAUAAGAGUGUAAUUUCCACUAUCCUUAUAGUCAAACCAACAGCCAACCCUGCAAAAAGCAAGUUUCAUCACCUUUGCUACAAAGAGCUCCAACUUAAAGAUGCAAUUUUAAAUGCAAAGGCACUGUUGUAGAAGUGGACGUGAUCUGUGGAAGUCUUGCUCCAUGAAACAAUUUUGAAGCUAUACUUAAAACCCCAACCAAGCAAAGUUAUUCCUUUUACAUUCUGAUGCAACGCUUUCUAACAAAGUUAACAUAAACGCAUUGCAGUGAAGGUUUAUAUGCAGAUUUAGAAGCGACAUGUGUACAUAUUGUUCCAAACGAUGAGCACGUACCUUUCUAAUCUUCUUAAUUUCUUCAG